AUGGGAAAAGCUGAUCCCUCAUUAGGUGGUAAGCUUAAGAAAUCAAAAAUACCUAAUAAGCUUAAAAAGGAAGCUAAGGAUGUUCGGACCAAAGGACCCAUUGAUCCUCCGGUGGCUCAAAUGGAUGAGAAAGGGGAUUUAGUCCAACACUUGAAAUCCACCGAGACAAAGAAAACUGGGAAGAAAUCAUCAUCGUUGGUUCUUAGCAAUAUUUAAGAUGCUCUGAAGCACAUGAAAUCAGAAGGACUGCUCAAGGUUAAAUCGUCAGGAAAAACUACGCCGGGAAGCGACAUUGGGAAUAAGGAAAAGUGGGAGUUUACAGCAAUGCGAAAUGUUAGUGUCGACUUCGUUAGGAGCAAGGUUGAUGCAUCGCCUGUUGGGAUAGCUUUUGAGCUCGGUCCCGAAUUCUAUGGCAUUAAAAAGGUUAAUUAGUAGAUGAUUUACGUAGGGAGCACGGUGGAAGGAGAAGAAGGUGAACUAGACAGGCAUAUGAUGAUCAUUGUGGGUUAUGGCUACACAACAGAAGGAAAGCUAUUCUUUGUGGUUCAAAAUAGCUGGGGAAAAGAUAAUUGGGGCGUGGAGGGUUUUGGACGAAUCAUCAUAGAUGAUAAGUCGAGUUUUGUGCUUAUUUAUCCGAGCUAUUAG